CAACGUUCACCAACACUUUUCGCGGUUGCGUUCGCGUAGAAGUUUCUGAUUUAUUGUGUUUUUAUUCAACGUUUUUGCGAAUAAAAUGAACUGGUUUUUGCAGCUGCUUAAAGGGGCGUGAAAAGGUUCGACCGUUUUUGAAUAAAGAAAUCAGUGCUAAAAUCGGUGAAAUAAAAAGAAAGCAAAACAUUCUGCGGCACUUGUGUGCGCGUAUGCGUGUGCGUGUGUAGGUGUAAGCGUUGGCGGUGUUUGUGUGUGCGUGUCAACAUUUGAGGCAAAAAUUGAUAAUUUGGUCUGAGAAAGUGCAAGAAAGUGGGUUUUAAGGCAUUUAAACCAAUCAAAUUGCGCAUUUUUUGUAGUACUCACUUUCUGUGAAAGCUGGCGCGCCUGCGCCUUUUUAUUAUAUUAUAUUUUUGCCUGCCUACGUGUCCAAAAAAAACCGGAAAGUUUCCCAAAAACGCCUAAAAACCCCCUAAAAUGUGGGGUUUUUGCAUAAUUCUGAUCCUGGCCUGCGCAGCCGGGGAAUACAGUGAAGUGCAGGUGAUCCAGGAAAUGGAUAACUUCCUGGAGAAUCCCCACUAUCUAAAGAACCAGGAAAUCGGAGAACUCUUCACUCAGCUGGCCAAGGAUUAUCCCGAUUUGGCACAGGCCUACACGAUAGGAAAAUCCCUGGAGGAUCGACCUAUUUACGCCCUGGCCUUAAGUGCACCCACCGCGGAGUCCAAAAAUGGAGAUCUUCUGAGGCCCAUGGUAAAGCUGGUGGCAAACAUUCGGGGCGAUGAAACGGUGGGUCGUCAGAUGGUUCUCUAUAUGGCCGAAUACCUGGCCACCCAUUACGAGGGCGAUUCGGUGGUCCAGGACCUGCUCAAUCGAACCGAGAUCCACUUUCUGCCCACCUGCAAUCCCGAUGGAUUUGCCAAAGCCCAGGAGGGCAACUGCGAAUCACUGCCCAAUUAUGUGGGUCGUGGCAAUGCGGCCAAUAUAGAUUUGAAUCGCGAUUUUCCCGAUCGCCUGGAACAGAGUCAUGUCCACCAGUUGCGCGCCCAAUCCCGCCAACCGGAGACGGCGGCCCUGGUCAAUUGGAUCAUUAGCAAACCCUUUGUGCUCUCUGCCAAUUUCCAUGGUGGAGCCGUUGUGACCAGUUAUCCCUACGACAACUCCUUAGCCCACAACGAGUGCUGCGAGGAGAGUUUGACCCCGGAUGAUCAGGUCUUUAAGCAGUUGGCCCACACUUAUUCGGAUAACCAUCCGAUUAUGAGUAAGGGCAACAACUGCAACGAUAGCUUCACAGGUGGCAUCACUAACGGAGCCAAUUGGUAUGAGCUUUCCGGUGGAAUGCAGGACUUCAACUACGCUUUUAGCAACUGUUUUGAGCUGACUAUCGAGUUGUCAUGCUGCAAAUACCCGGCGGCCAGCACCUUGCCCCAAGAAUGGCAGCGAAACAAGGGAUCGCUGCUGCAGCUGCUGCGCCAGGCGCAUAUCGGGAUCAAGGGUCUAGUUAAGGAUGCCAGCGACUUCCCAAUAGCCGAUGCCAGCAUCUAUGUGUCCGGACUGGAGGAAAAACCCAUGCGCACCUCGAAACGUGGAGAAUACUGGAGGCUGUUGACUCCGGGUCUCUAUAGCGUGCAUGCUGCCGCCUUUGGUUACCAGACUAGUGCCCCUCAGAAAGUCCGGGUGACCAACGAUAACCUGGAGGCCUUGCGCCUGGACUUCAAGCUGACGCCCGUCGAGACGAACUUUGAUGGCAACUUCCGGAAGGUAAAGAUGGAACGCUCGGAGCCGCCAGAGAAGCGCAAGGAGCAGUUUGAUGGAUUCCUGACCCCCACUAAGUUCGUACACCACAACUAUACGGCCAUGGAAAGCUACCUGAGGGAGAUCUCCGCCAGCUAUCCAUCGCUCACCCGUCUCUACAGCAUUGGCAAGAGUGUCCAGGGCCGAGAUCUUUGGGUGCUGGAGAUCUUUGCCACCCCGGGUUCCCAUGUGCCGGGAGUGCCGGAGUUUAAAUAUGUGGCCAAUAUGCAUGGCAACGAGGUGGUGGGCAAGGAAUUGCUGUUGCUCCUCACCAAAUACAUGCUGGAACGCUAUGGCAAUGAUGAUAGGAUAACCAAGUUGGUGAAUGGCACCCGGAUGCACUUCCUGUACAGCAUGAACCCCGAUGGCUAUGAGAUAUCCAUCGAAGGUGAUCGAACCGGCGGAAUUGGACGAGCGAAUGCCAAUCACAUUGAUUUAAACAGGAAUUUCCCGGAUCAAUAUGGCACAGAUAGGUACAAUAAGGUUACGGAACCCGAGGUGGCCGCCCUGAUGAACUGGACCCUGUCGCUGCCGUUUGUCCUGUCCGCCAAUCUCCAUGGUGGCUCCUUGGUGGCCAACUAUCCCUUUGACGACAACGAAAAUGAUUUCAAUGAUCUGUCUAUGAGGCUGAGGAAUUCCAGUAUCAACGGACGCAAGGCCAAUCCCACGGAGGACAAUGCGCUGUUCAGACAUCUGGCCGGGGUCUAUGCCAAGGCACAUCCCACCAUGCACUUGGGCCAGCCGUGUGAGCUCUUCCGCAAUGAGUUCUUUGCCGAUGGCACCACCAACGGUGCUCAGUGGUACAGUGUCACUGGGGGAAUGCAGGACUGGAACUAUGUGAGGGCGAAAUGCCUGGAGCUGACCAUCGAAAUGGGUUGCGAUAAGUUCCCGAUGGCGGCGGAACUUCCUCAAUAUUGGCAUGAUCAUCGGGAACCCCUGCUCCAGUUUAUUGAGCAGGUGCAUCACGGCAUCCAUGGAUUUGUGCACAGUACCAUUGGCACUCCGAUCGCAGGAGCUGUUGUUCGAUUGGAUGGCGCCAAUCACUCGAGCUACAGUCAAACCUUUGGGGAUUAUUGGAAGCUGGCGCUGCCCGGUCGACACAAUCUCACCGUUUUGGGUGACAACUAUGCUCCGUUGAGGGUGGAAGUGGAGGUGCCCGAGGGCGAGCCCUAUGAGAUGCGCAUGGAUGUCACCCUCAUGCCCGACGAUCCGCAGCACUGGGCCUCCGCCAAUGACUUCCGGAUUAUCGAGAACGUGGUCAACACACGGUAUCACACCAACCCGGAGAUUCGUUCACGCCUGGCGGAGCUGGAGAACCAAAAUGGACAGAUUGCCAGCUUUGGUUAUGCCGACAACGAGUUCAGCACCUACUUUAACUACCUGAAGAUGACCUCUGAUAUUGGUGAACCCGACGAGCACAAGUAUAAGCUCUUGGUGGUGAGUUCCCUGUACGAUACAGCUGCUCCCUUGGGCAGAGAAAUUGUGCUCAACCUGGUGCGACAUCUCGUGGAGGGUUUCAAGUUGCAGGAUGCCUCUGUGGUCGAUCUGCUGAAGCGCAGUGUUAUCUAUUUCCUGCCGCAGACUAACAAAUUCCAGGAUGUCUUCAACAUGUACAACGCCAACUCCUCCGUUUGCGAUCCCGUGCUGGGUGAUGAGCUGGCGGAACGCAUCCUGAAUCCAGAGACAGAUCAGGCGAAGGACAUGUUUCUACAGUUUCUCCGCAGCGAGCACUUUGAUUUGAUGCUUACCUUCGGAGCGGGCAGCUCUGAAUUGAGUUAUCCCAAGGGCGACUCGGUGCUGGAGAAGUUUGCCCAUGGAAUGCAGCGGACGGAGUUCAACUACUCGCCCCUUCAGUGCCCUCCAUCCGCCACGAGGCAGGCGCACCGGGAGACCACGGAGAGAUUGACCAAUCUGAUGUACCGCAUGCACAACCUGCCCGUUUACACCUUGGGCCUCUCCUGCUGCCGCAUGCCGCACCACAAGCAAAUUGCGUCCGUUUGGCGCAAGAACAUCGAUAAGAUCAAGAACUUCUUGGCGCUGGUUAAAACAGGAGUGAGUGGCCUGGUGCAGAGCGACAAGGGUCAGCCGCUGAGGGAGGCCUUUGUGCGCUUGUUGGAGCACCAAAGGAUCAUCAAUGUUACGAAGAAUGCAGCCCGAUUCCAGUUGAUGCUGCCCCACGGUCUCUACGGCUUGGAAGUAACCGCUCCCAAUUACGAGUCCCAAAUUAUCAAAGUGAACAUACAAGAUGGUCAGAUCACGGACUUGGGCACCAUACGCAUGAAUCCAUUUACGCUGAUUCGCGGAGAGGUGGUGGAGUUGCAGAACAAGGCCAGCGGUGCCACCACUAGCAUUGCGGGAAUGGUGCUGGAUGAGAGCAAUCAUCCUGUGCGCAAUGCCAAGGUUUCAGUGGUGGGGCAAACGCAAUUGCGGAACUUCACCAACAGCAUGGGACAGUACCAUAUAUCGGCGGUACCUUUGGGCACUGUCUCCCUAAAAGUGGAGGCACCGCGUCAUCUGGAGGCAUCGCGGCAGUUGCAUCUGAUUCAGGGUGGCCUGGCCACGGAGAACGUCGUCUUUCACCUGAAGAUUAACGAGCAUGUCUUUGGACUGCCACGUUUUCUGUUCAUCCUGUUUGCCAGUAUUUUGAUCAUUGUUGGCGUGAUCGUCUGUGUGCUGUGCGCCCAGUUUUGGUUCUAUCGACGCCAUCGGGGUAACAAGCCGUACUAUAACUUCUCCCUGCUGCCGCAAAAGGGAAAGGAGCAGUUCGAUCUGGAGGAAGAUGAGGCGGGCGAUGAUGGGGAGACGGAGCUCUUCCGAUCGCCCAUUAAACGCGGCAUGACCAUACAGCCGUACUUCGACGAGGAACAGCUGGAGCGCAUCCUGCACACGGAUGACGAGGACGACGAUGGGCCGCACAUGGAGCCGGAACUGGAUGUGGCCGACGACAGUGGCGAUGAGAUAGUGAUGCUGCAUAAUCACGGGAACAAGCGCCGGCACUAGAUCCCUGAUGAACAAAUCUCAACUGUCCCAACCACCAGGAACCACUUGAUCCAUGAUCCAUGAUCCAUGAUCCACGAUCCACUGCAAACACACGACAACCACACACAACAUAACUGUGAUUCAAAACGUUUUCAAGAGAAACCAACGCAAGGCAUUGCUCUACCAUUUUUUUUUAAUUUUUGUGUAAUAUAUACCCUUUUAAUGUUACCUAAUCAUUCGAUGUACAAUGAUACGAUUUACGCCUGCGCUUUAAUGUUAGUGAACCUUGCACCUAUAAUGCAUUACGAUCGUCAGCUUUAAAUAGAGAAUGUUGUGCUCCAACCUCCAACCCACUCGGCGAAUCUCUCUUCCAUGCCCUUAUAGCCCGUUUAUAUGGCGAUUAUAUAUAUGUCCAGCCAAGCGUAAGCGUAACUUAACUUAAGACUGAGAGCCUUGCAACUCUAGCAAAAAAAAGAAAUGAAAAUAUGUGAGGAGAACGAUGAUGGACGCGACUCUUGCUAAUUAGUUGUAUAUUAAAGACCCUUUCAAUGCUUUACUACAAAAAAACCCAGCAAUGCAUAGAUCGUGGUUUGAGUUUGCUAUUUAUCUCCCUGUAACUUGAUUAAAUAUUUUUUUUGGUUUUGAUAUAAAAAUUAUACAUAUUUUACAAAAAUUUUAAACUGCUCAAAACCCCUUAGUAACUAAUAGAUACUGUUAUUAAUUCAUAACCUUUUUUUAAUCACUUCAAACUCAAAACUUAACAAAUAGGGCCCAUUUCUGAAUCUAAGUACUUAAUAAUUUAUUAAAUUUUAUUUAAUGGAAUCAAAAUUUGUCUGGACAAUUACCUGGCUUAAAAUUAAUCAAUAUUGUUGUUACAUAUAGUCCCAUAAACUCGAACCCUAUAUAUGCAUAAGUCUGGCUCAUGAAUUAUAAUUUUUCAAAGACGAAAAAACAUGCGCAGCUUGCUAGGAGAGAAUCAUAACAAAACCAGUUAACAGCUUUGUAAUAUUUUCUUGGAUAUGCCUACACUUUAAAAUACAAAUAUACACAAAAUAAAUUAUAUAAAAAACCAAUGUAGGCAAAUAUAUGUACUGCACGAUUUUAACUUUAUAGAGCACAUAACGACAAAACCGUAGAAGAUGAAAAGAAAAUGAAAUAAGUAUAUUUCACGAGGUGCAGCAUUUACUUAUAUAAAUAUACAUACUAUUAUACCUUUAUCGUAUACAUAUCCACAAAUAUGGCAAAUAUAACUAUGUAAGAAACUAUCUGAAUAAAAUAAUAAUGUACCUACAAA